AUGGAACCUGAAAUGCUUCACCACAAAAGCAUAAAUAGUAAAGUUCUCAGUGCAUUAAGGUUUGUAAUGGCAUCAACAGCACAUAAAGAAAGUGCACGUAUUAUGCAAAAUCUUUUGAAGUUGAGAAGCGAGGGCACUAAAAAUCUUGAAAGCAGGAUAUGGAUGUGGUUAAAAAUCAGAGAAUGGUAG